AUGUACAAUGAAAGCUUAUCGUACCGUCUUUCUCAGCUAGUGUUAAGCUCUGGUGAGUGUACAAUACAGUUAAUUCCAGAGUCAGAGUUGCCUAUCGUCUCUGAAGUGCAUGAUGAGAUAACAGAAAUCGGGCUAUCUAAGAGAACAUACCUACAGCUAUUUAAAGAGUCGCACACAUAUUGGCAUUCAGCUCUACAAAGUGCACCGAGUGGGAAGCAAGAUCCCGCUGAUCUAUUGGAAGCUUACUAUUGCACCUUCGGGUAUCUCUUAACUACAAAUGAAAACCACUCGUUAAUCAAGUUGCACGAAAGUAUCUUCUUCAAAUUGCAGCACAUAGAUGAGAGCGAGAGUAAUGGAGUGAUUUCGCUUGAGUCCGAAUUCAAGCUAAUUACAGCCCUAUUAACAAGUAGGUUGAAGAAAAUAAACAAGAGCUCGUCGCUUUGGUUGUGGCUCAAAAAGUUAUCUAUAAUGCUAAUAUUUAAAGACAUUGUGCUGGACGAGGUUGAUCUGAAGACGAUUGCAAAUUUCACCAAAUUGAUCGACUCUAUAUUGAAAGCAAGCGAGCUUCAUUUUGCAAACUAUUAUGCGUCAAAUUUCUUGAGAUGGUGUAUACGGAUGGUGAAGCUCAAUUCAGCGCGGGCUGAAGAACUAUUGGGUCUCGUGGCUAUGAGGCUCACCAAGCUCUGUCGUUUGCAUUUGACAGAUGUUUCAAUGUGGGGAAGUCUUCAGGUAUUGUUUGAGAAUGGUUCCAGAAACGAGCAAAUAAAUGAAUACAUAGUGGAAGACUAUAAUGCAAUUGCAAGCGAGAUUCCAAAACCCUACAGCACCCCAAUCAUAACAGCUCUUUCAAAAAGAGACUAUUACACAUUUCCGUCUGCAUAUGCCCACGAUGAGUUAGCCUGGCUUCUACUGGUGAAGUGUUCCAUAGUAACUCCAUACAUAUGUGUGUUCCUGCAUGAGGGCCUCAUCACUGUUGAAGGGAAGUUGCAACAACAAUACACCGAGUUAAACAAAUUGAGCGACAAGGACUCCUUUCUUUAUCAGGAAACACUGCAUUAUAUUAGCGUUCUAGAGCGGGUAGUACAAAAAUAUAGAGCUAUAAGUGGCCGUAUUCGUGCUAGCAGCCCUACCUAG